GACAAAUCUCAAGGCGCAGGCGCCCCAACCUCCAUUAUCAGCGUCGUCUGCUAUCCACAUGUCACAAUGCCUCCCAGAAAAAGCGACGUUUCCAAGGCAGGUACGGGUGAUGAAGCAACGGCGGCGAAGGAAGCUCUUGUCAGAGACGGAAUAAACAUCGAAGAUCUCAAUCUACCGAAGAGCAUUGUCACUAGGCUGGCGAAAGGCGUAUUACCACCGAACACGCAGAUUCAGGGCAAUGCCAUGUUGGCAAUGACCAAGAGCGCGACCGUCUUCGUGAACUACCUGGCUUCACACUCGAACGAACAUGCCUCAGCCGCAAACAGAAAGACAAUUACGCCCCAAGAUGUUUUCAAUGCCUUAGAAGAUCUCGAAUUCCCGGACUUCAGACCGCGGCUGGAAGCAGAGCUCGCCAAAUUCAACGAGGUACAGACGGACAAGAGAAAUGCCUACCGGAACAAGGUCGCAGAGAACAAAGCAGCAGCUCAGAGUGGCCAUGGAGAUGACGGCGAGGUUGAACUGGGCCGAGAUGGACAGCCUGCUGCAAAGAAAGCUCGGUUGGAGCCUGGUGACAGUUCUGGGAUGGAUACUAGUGAGAUGCCGGAAGGAUACAACAUGGAUAAUUCGAGGGCAGACGAUGAUGGUGACGAAGACGAAGGUCACGGAGAUGAGGAGGAAGAGGAUGAGGAAGAGCCUGAAGAGCCUGAAGAGCGCUUGGAUCCUCUUGAAGAUGUAGAUCAUGGGGAAGCCGAGGACGAAGCCCUUGACAAUGGAGAUGACAGUGACUGACUUGGAAGAUGAGUCUGGAUUGCGGCUGCGUUUAGGCGACUGGCGUAUUGGAGUGUCUGGCAAGGCACCUGGUUAUAUUACAGAGGUUGGUGGUGUUGGAGGCGGGACGAAUAAGCCUUCACCCCAGCACCCAAACAUUAUCAACGAAUCAAGCCUCCUUUUACUUACCCCUAUUCAAUGUACAAAAUUCUCUCUCAGGAAUUUCACUUCCUUACCGCAAUGUAACUCGGUCCAAUGUUCCAAUUAUUGGUCGUACAUUGAUUGGGCUGUAUUAGACAUGGCACCUGGUUGCAUCUCCCUGGGCUUCUUCUUCUCUCCCGAGCAAUGCUGAAUGUCGGAGUGAAACAAGGAAUUUUGAAGAAACGAUAUUAUGAAGAGUGGGAACGUAAGGGCUGCCUUCGAUUACAGGAAUCUCGCCGGCCUAGGAAUGUUUGCAUGCAGUGUAUUUGUGGCAAAUGUUUUACUUUCAAUAAUUGACUUGGC